AAACAGGGGAGUGGGCAGACACGGGCGGUUGUGGGCGUUGAUUGGAGUAGAUUACGUGCGGGAUUUAGGGGAUACGGUUUUAGUUUCUAAAUCACAGACGAAUCUGGAGCGUCGGAAUUCUGCUGGAUCGACGGGAGAAGAUGGGUCUGACGAUUGGAAUCGUUCCAGACUAUGGAUACUAAGUGUUUUCCUAUAGGAAUACAGGACCACACUGCCGUGGUGCCAUUACCAGUUCGCCAACGGCAAGCUGCUGUCCUUCCUUUGCGCUUUCCUUUCUGCCACAAAUCCAGUGCACAACAAGAGCACGGACCACAUUGUUUGCCUGCCAUGCAGGCUAUGCAAGAUUCAGUUGAUCAUCACCACAGGAAUAAAUUUUCACUCCAAUAGUUAGGCCCUUCCCUUGAGCUUAGACUCGGCCGUGACUAUUUAUCACCAUGACCACUGAGUACCCAGUCUACAUUUGCAGCCCUUGCACGACAAGUUUCUGCACGCCCUCACCGUCAGUUCACCAUGCCACUCCACCUCAUUUUUUUCACCCUGCUCUUGUACCUACACAUCCCAGCAAGUUCUGCAGCGACGGACACCAUCUUAGCCGGCCAGACACUUGGCGUCAACGACAAGCUCAUCUCCAGCAAUGGCAGGUACGCGCUUGGCUUCUUCGAAACAAGCAGAAAAUCCUCCGGAAGCACUCCCAACUGGUACCUUGGCAUAUGGUUCAAUACAGUUCCCAAAUUUACUUCAGCGUGGGUUGCAAAUAGGGAUAAGCCAAUCAAGAAUAGCACCUCACUGGAGCUCGCAAUUUCCCACGAUGGCAACCUUGCCAUCUUAAACCGGUCCAGCAAGUCCAUAAUGUGGUCUACACAAGCAUCCAUCACAAGAAAUAGCACCACAGCAGUGCUGUUGAGUAGUGGAAAUUUCAUCCUGGCAAACUCUUUGAACUUAUCAGAAGUUUUCUGGCAGAGCUUUGAUCAUCCCACAGAUACAUUUUUUCCUGGGGCAAAGCUUGGAUGGGAUAAGGUUACCGGCAUAAAUCGCCGCCUUGUUUCUUCAAAAAACUCGAUCAGCCCGGCUAGUGGCAUCUACUGUACUGAGAUAGACCCCAGUGGCAUUAACCAGUUCUGGCUUGCACCAUUGAACUCCUUGGUACCAUAUUGGUCUAGCGGUGUAUGGAACGGCAAAUACUUUGCCUCAAUUCCAGAGAUGGCAGCCCAUUCUAUCUUCAGUUCGAUAUUUGUCAGCAAUGACCAAGAGAAGUAUUACACAUAUAACUUAGAAGAUGAAACAAUGGUUACUCGCCAAGUACAUGAUGUUUCAGGUCGAUCAAAGUUGUUCAUCUGGUUAAAGGGUUCACAGGACUGGGUAAUGAUAUAUGCCCAACCAAAAGCUCAAUGUGAUGUCUAUGCAAUUUGUGGACCAUUCACGAUUUGCAAUGAUAAUGCACUCCAGUAUUGUGAUUGCAUGGAGGGCUUCACCAUAACAUCCCCUGAGGAUUGGGAACUAGAAGAUCGAACCGGUGGGUGCUCAAGAAAUACUCCUUUAGACUGCAAUAUUAGCAACAAAAGUACGACACAUACCACGGACAAGUUUUACCCUGUGCCAUGUGUUAAGCCGCCGCAUAAUGCCCGAAAAGUAGAAGAAGCUGCAAGCACGAGUAAGUGUGCACAAGCUUGCCUCAAUAAUUGCUCUUGCACCGCGUAUUCCUUUAGCAACAGCGGAUGUUCUAUCUGGAAUAAUGAAUUGCUCAACAUGAGACAGUUACAAUGUGGUGGCGCUACCAAUUCAAAUGAAGAAACUAUUUACCUUCGCCUAUCUGCUAAAGAUAUCAAAAGUUUAAAAAACAACAGAGGAGGGUUUGUUAUUAGAAUUGCAAUUGGUACAGGCUUUUCUGCACUAGGCCUAUUUUCACUUUUCCUAUUACUGAUGAUUUGGAGAAAUAAAAGGAAGAGCUCUGAUCUCAUACUUAAUGGUGCUCAAGGUUCUAAUGGAAUCAUUGCAUUUAGAUACACUGUUUUACAGGGUGCCACAAAAAAGUUUACAGAUCAGUUGGGGGCAGGCAGUUUUGGUUCUGUAUACAAGGGGUUUAUAAAUGACUCGAUAGCUGUAGCAGUGAAGAGGCUUGACGGUGCUUAUCAAGGGGAGAAACAAUUCAGAGCUGAAGUGAGCUCAAUUGGAGCUGUCCAGCACAUCAAUUUAGUUAAGCUCAUCGGUUUCAGUUGUGAGGGUUCUAAGAGGUUGCUUGUUUAUGAAUACAUGUCAAAUCGCUCUCUUGAUAUCCAUUUAUUCCGAAACAAUUCAACAAUAUUAAGUUGGACUGGUAGAUAUCAGAUAGCCCUGGGGGUUGCUAGAGGGUUAGCCUACUUACAUGAGAGCUGUCGAGACUGCAUCAUACACUGUGAUAUUAAGCCAGAAAACAUACUUAUUGAUGCUUCAUUCACUCCAAAAAUUGCAGACUUCGGCAUGGCAAAGCUUUUGGAAAGGGAUUUUAGCCGAGUACUAACUACAAUGAGAGGAACUGCAGGGUACCUUGCACCUGAAUGGAUUAGCGGCGUGGCUAUUACACCGAAAGUCGACGUUUACAGCUACGGGAUGGUGUUGCUGGAAAUAAUAUCUGGAAGAAGGAACUCUUGCACAUCAUGUCCUGGUGGUGGCAACGCUGAUGUUUAUUUCCCUGUGCAUGCCGCACAUAAGAUUCUUGAAGGAGACGUUGGGUGUUUGGUAGAUCACAUUUUACAUGGUGAUGUCAAUCUGGAUGAGGCUGAACUAGCUUGCAAGGUUGCGUGUUGGUGCAUUCAAGAUGAUGAGCUUGAUCGGCCAACAAUGGGACAGGUGGUUCAGAUUCUCGAAGGGCUUGUUGAGACUACGAUGCCCCCGAUACCAAGACUGCUCCAAGCUAUGGCUGGAAGCUCGCAUUCGACGCGCUCCUAAUCUUUUUGUUUCAUGGAAGUUAGCUGUAUUGCGCGUCUAGAUGUUGUCAUAUAUCACUAGCCUUAAGACUAGAGUUGUACUAUUUGCUAUG